CGUUUAGUACUGCUGCAGCAUCCGCCAAUGGCCUUUAUGAAGGAGUGCUUCCGGCUUCUUCCUUCCUCUUUUCGUCUACUUCGGGCCGUCACCAUGGUGAACGUGCCGAAGACGCGCAGGACCUACUGCAAGAAGUGCAAGAGGCACCAGCCUCACAAAGUCACCCAGUAUAAGAAGGGAAAGGAUUCCCUCUAUGCGCAGGGUAAGAGGAGAUAUGACAGAAAGCAGUCUGGUUACGGUGGACAGACAAAACCAAUUUUCCGCAAAAAGGCUAAGACCACAAAGAAGAUUGUUUUGAGACUGGAGUGUGUGGAGCCGAACUGCAGAGCUAAGAGAAUGGUGCCCAUCAAGAGGUGCAAACACUUUGAGCUGGGAGGAGACAAGAAGGAAGAAAGGGCCAGGUCAUCCAGUUCUAGGCUGUGGCUCAAUCUGUUGGAUGGAACUUGUUCACUUUUUCAAUAAAAUUCUUGAAAUUGUA